AUGAUGAACUCAAUGGAGAGCGAUGCUCAAACCCUAACAUGUCGAAUUUGUAGGAUGGAAGCUACUGAAAAUAACCAAUUAUUUCAUCCGUGUCAAUGCAAGGGAUCGAUCAAAUAUGUACAUGAGCCAUGCCUUUUUGAGUGGAUGAGCUCGAAAGGCAUAGAUAUAUCGAAGCCGGGUACAGAGGCUAAUUGUGAUAUAUGUCAUUUUCCAAUUCAUUUAAAGACUAUAUAUGAUGAUGAUAUGCCGGUGGCUCCGCCAAUCUUUGCAAUGAUGUUACAAUUUGCCAGCCAGAUCUUGCAAGAGGUGAGGAUAGGAGUUUUUCUUACGGUUGCUGCAGUGUUGGUGGUCUUUGGGUUGCCAAUGGCGUGGAAUGUGUGGGGGAAGAUAUAUACGAUUUUAUUGGAUGAUUUUACGUUGCCUUAUCCCAAUGAUCGGUGGUAUGUUAACCUUAUAUAUGGGUUUGAGGAGCCUUGGAUGACCAAGGAGAAUAUGAUGGAUAGACAAUAUCUCGUCAUCCAAGGGUUGUUGAAUUAUAAGUUUUCACUACUUCAGAUACUAUUAGUUAUUAUUCUACACGCGCUGUUAUAUUUCGUGUAUCUCUCUGUUUUAAAGGAGGAGGUUUUCCCCCGGAUGUUGUACCAUAAGAUUGGGCCCCUUUUCACAGAUGAUGCUCUCCUGAGACGCCGGCUGCAGGAGAGAUUCCCAGACAUUAGAACUGAGACAGUAGAGAAGAUCGUAAGGUUAAUGAAACUGACCAACAAUAAUCAGGAAUUAGGCGAUGCUGGGAAUCUACGUUUACAUAUACAGGAGCUAGACCUACAAGGACUGGAAGACCCUCAACAACAGCAACGGAAUGAUCUUGACGACACAACUGGGACAGAAAGCAAUGAUAGUGAUCACAGUGAGAUAGAUUUAGUUGUGGAAGGUGCCAAUCAAGGAGGGGGGGUUGAAGUUGACAAUAAUGAGAGGAUAGAAUUAGAUGACCAGGAAGAUGGAGAAGUUGCACAAUCCGAAGGGGAUGAAGGAGAUGAAGAAGCCGAAGAUGAAGAAGCCGAAGAAGAUGUACAGCAUAUCAGGGACGCACAACCACAGGUUAUCCGUAUGCAACUCGAUAUGAAUUUUGGAGAAUUUGAGGAUGAUGGCCAGAUGAGAUGGGAUGCACAAAGAAAUGAUGGAUUAGCCUUACCUUUGAUACAUAUUAAGCUGAACAUGUUGAACUUGGUGGGCUAUUUCUUGCUGGCUGUUGUUUUUAUUGGUACAUAUUUUUUUGUCACGUAUUUUGUUCCAACUAUUAUGGGAAGGGUUUUACUGUCUUUUUACUUUUACCUUAUUGAGCGAUUUGCGUAUAGUGUUUCAACGCUGAGUGCAUACACAGCAAAAUUUCUACAUCCUUAUUUGCCAAAAUUACCACUAUCUGCCGUUAGCGAUUUGAAUAAUUUGAAUACCCAUUUGAUUAACAAUUUUUUGGAAGUCAUAAGGAACCACUAUAUAUACUGCAAGUAUAGAGUGAAUCAUCCUGGGGGGUCAAUGCUAUUCUGUGGAUUACCUGCUGCUGCUACAUACUUGACUGCAUUGGCUUUAAUAUGUAUUAUUCCAGAGGUGAUAUCUAGAGGCUAUGGACGAACAAAUGGGCUACAGAAUGUUAUUAUGAGAGUCCUUUUUCAACAGACGUAUACUUUUAAAUGUACUGUAAAAGUUUUCAUACUAUUUAGUAUGGAGCUCGUUGGAUUUCCUACUUUAGCUGGUCUUAUGAUCGACUAUUCUCUUUUAACACCUUUGUUGCGCCCUCGUGGUUCACCAUUAAUAACCGUAUUGGUUAAAGAUAUGUGGCGACCAUGCUCUAUUUUCUUCCUAUGGUCUUUGGGUACUGCAUAUAUGUUCAUGUUUGCAAAGUUCAUAGGCAUUGUAAGGAAACAUAUUAUUAGACCAGGUGUGUUAUUUUGUAUCAGGUCGCCAGAUGAUCCCAAUAUGAGAAUUUUCCAUGAUAUUCUAAUAUACCCAACCCGUGGUCAAAUUCACAGAUUGGUAAUAUCUAUUUUACUAUAUGCGGUUCUAAUAUUAGUCGGAUUCGGAUUCCAUACCAAGUUAUUGUUCCCAUAUCUGUUAAAAAGCGAUUUAUUACCAAUAUACUGUGAUCUCACAUUUUCGGAAUGGCACUAUCGGUUUUUGAUAAUACUUUAUUAUACGAUAUCAUGGUUCAGUAACUCUAAAAACCUAGAGCUUUAUGUUAGAAUGUAUUGGAUCAAAGUAUUUUCUAUUAGUUGCAGAAAGCUGCGGUUAUCAUCUGUAAUAUUAGACAAAAAUGUUCCAAUGGAGAGAGGUAAAGUUGUAUAUCGAAACUUGUUUUAUCGAUUUUUGGCAUCUAAAAAGGCUAAGUGGUCUAAUCUUGAUUUAUAUUCUUCACCAAAGACAUUUGAGGAGGCCCAGGAAUUGUUCAAGGUGAAUCCAUCCAUCCACGCUUAUUUUGUUCCCGAUGGAUGCUUAAUGCGAGUUCCAGCCAACGAUAUUGUUUCUAGAAAUUAUGCACAAAUGCUAUUUGUUCCUGUUACGAAAGAUGAUAAGUUGUUGAAGACUAUGGAUUUGGAUAGAAUUAAGGAGAGGAAUUUACGUAAUGGAGGAGAGUUUGGUUAUCUUGAUAAGCCAUAUACUGUUUUUGAUUCGUAUAGUAUUGUUUACAUUCCACCAUCCUUUGCUACGAGGUAUACAACGCUUUUAGUAAUGAUAUGGGCAUUCGGAUCAAUACUAUUUAUUGGAGGUGGCUUAUUGUUUAACUAUUCAGGUCAACUAAUUAUGUGGGCCAUAUCAACUCCAGUUUCAUACCUCAUAGGGGCUCCUUUCAUCAGCAGCAUCACUAACAACCAAUCAUUCACUGGCUCGAACCUGUAUGCCAUAUCUUUAGGCUUUUGUUUCUGGUGUUAUUUGGUCGAUGAAGGGUUAUUUGAGUUCAUGAUUAGUAGUAAACUGUGGGAAUUCAAAGAAGUAUUAGCUGCACCAUUGGUAAGAAUUGGCUCUGGUGUACAUCGUUGCUUGAAAUAUUUGGUUAAUUCUCGUUUUAAUGUUCGUGUUGAAGAUCUUGUUGACUGGUUGGAAAGUUGUCCAUUAUUUGUCAAGAGAGUUUUGACUUCGUUGCUAGAAGGUAUUUUUGCGAAGAUUCUCUACAAAACGAUUUUAUUUCAUUACUCUAAUAUUAUGGAUUUUCGGAGUUAUUAUUUUAAAUCCUCCAAAUCUGCAGGUCCCCCAGAACCUGGAUUUACGGGAUCCACAUCUAGCUGGAUAGAAAACUGGGACUUCGUGUCAAGAGAAUUUUUAACGUGGUUCCUAAUUGAAUACCUUAUUAUGUCAUUUUUCCUGGGUUUCUUUUCCUUAGCUUCUGACAGACAAAAUAAGACGAAAUAUUUGAAAAUAGCUCUCUCCGUUAUUAUGAGAUACACAAUUCCAUUCUUAAUUACGAAUUCAUUUUACGGACUCAUCAUAUUAUUAAAGGGCUGUUUAUUUUCGGGCAAGUAUUUCUCUUCCGAAUGGUCCUCCUUACGGUUUUUGGAAGCACUGGAACCAAGUCCAAUAGAUGAUAUUGUGAUGCCAAUGAAUGCUUUAAAAGGAUAUGCGAUACACAAAAGCGCAGUCUUAGAACACUUAUAUUACAUUUCAAGUCCGCUCAUCUUCGUUUUAUGGUCUAUAUACUGUCACUACUCUUCUGUUAAACAAUAUAUUAAGAGAGUUUCUGAGAGAGCUAUAGACGAUCUAUACGGAAAGAGCAGAACCUUGGUUAACUUAGAAGAUUUUUAG